GUGGAGCUGGGAGGUGACGGCGCUGUCUGUCUUGCUGUUUGUCGGGCGGAGGGGAACUUCACGGCGGCUACGGGUGUGGCUUGAAACGUGAUAAAUCUCAACGCUGGGGAAAGAAUGCGUUACAGCUAAAGAAAUUAAACCCAAAUAAUAUUUACAACAUAAAAGACAGGUCAUCCUCGUGUAGGUGCUUGUGUAGGGAGAAAAUCCGUGCGCUCGGUUUUCAACAGCUGGAAUACUUUUUCUCGGUAACUUCGUGGCCCGUUUUCACGAGUUUAACCUGCUCUAAUGGUCUGCUGGAGGAACUGAAGCCAAAAGUCAACUGAAAACUUUUUUUGAUCUGGACGCUGGACAACUUCUCGAGUCUUUUUAAGAAGCCACAAACGCUGCUGGCUUGCUUCUGACUUACUGAUCAGCUUUGCGAGUCUUGGGGAAUUUCAUUUCAUACGUGACAGAAACCAAGUUCAUAUCUCAGAAGUGAAUCGUCUGUUUCUAUGAUUUUCUUCCCCUCUCGUGGAUGAACGGACUCCAUCACGUUUGUCGCAACUCGUCAAUAAAAUAAAAAAAAUAAGGGAAGUCGCCUCGCUCAAACUUCGACUCUUAUUUUCUGAAUAAGGGUUUUUUUUUUUGGGCACUUCGCCGUUAUAUUUUUUCCCAGGUGACAUUUUCCCACCAAGCAGCAGUCCUGAAGCGCGCACUAGGAACCAUGGGGUGUACGGUUAGUCAGGAAGAUAAAGCGGCGGCCGAGAGGUCUAAAAUGAUUGAUAAAAACCUGAGAGAAGAUGGAGAGAAGGCAGCGAGAGAAGUGAAACUGCUGUUGCUGGGUGCUGGAGAGUCAGGGAAGAGCACCAUUGUGAAGCAGAUGAAGAUUAUCCACGAGGACGGAUAUUCAGAAGAUGAGUGCAAGCAGUACAGAGCAGUCGUCUACAGCAACACCAUCCAGUCCAUCAUGGCCAUCAUCAAAGCCAUGGCCAACCUGAAGAUCGACUAUGAGGACGCUACUCGAGCGGAUGAUGCCCGCCAACUGUUUGCCUUGUCUGCAGCAGCAGAGGAGCAAGGCAUCCUGCCAGAAGAUCUGUCCAACGUCAUCCAGCGACUGUGGGCUGACGGUGGAGUCCAGAGCUGCUUCACGAGGGCUCGAGAGUACCAGCUGAAUGACUCUGCUGCUUACUACCUGAAUGACCUGGAGAGGAUAGCCAAGCCAGAUUACAUCCCCACACAGCAAGAUGUGCUGCGGACCCGAGUGAAGACCACCGGCAUUGUUGAAACUCAUUUCACCUUCAAGGACCUGCACUUCAAGAUGUUUGAUGUUGGUGGCCAGCGCUCUGAGAGGAAGAAAUGGAUCCACUGCUUCGAGGGAGUCACAGCCAUCAUCUUCUGUGUGGCCAUGAGUGCUUACGACCUGGUGCUGGCCGAGGAUGAGGAGAUGAACCGGAUGCAUGAGAGCAUGAAGCUGUUUGACUCCAUCUGCAACAACAAGUGGUUCACGGAGACAUCCAUCAUCCUCUUCCUUAACAAGAAGGACCUGUUCGAGGAGAAGAUCAGCCACAGCCCUCUGACCAUCUGCUUCCCAGAGUACACCGGCCCCAACAAGUACGAGGAGGCUCAAGAUUACAUCCGGACCAAAUUCGAGGACCUGAACAAGAAGAAGGAGACCAAGGAGAUCUACCCACACUUCACCUGCGCCACCGACACCAAGAACGUGCAGUUUGUGUUCGAUGCCGUCACUGAUGUAAUCAUCAAAAACAACCUGAAGGACUGCGGCCUCUUCUAAAGAAUCCGUUUUGAGAAAGAGUCAAGAUUACUUGAACAGCUCUGGUGACCACAAAGAGAGGAGGAUUUUCACACAUCAUGAAUGACUGCACUGGCCAACCACCAUAUCUGCUUUGAUCUGCUUUUUAUAAAGACACCUAAGAGACUGAAAACCUGACGAGCCUUGUGGAAUUUCAACGAUUGCUGAUCUAGUCACUCGUAUUGUUAACUCUUUGGGCUAUGACCACAAAAUCAACAUUUAUUAUUGUAUUUUUCUUUUUUUUUUUUCCUUUAUUUUCAAUAACUAGUGGAGGCAAAGGAAAACUUUUUUAUAUAAAUGCAUUCAUUUUACUUUUAGAAAUUCUGAAGUGCAGACAAUUAAACUUUUAAUCACAUGAAGGUUAUUUUUUAAGAGCUGGAGCACAGGCAUGGACUACAAAAUAUGAUCCAUUAAAGGAAAGUGCUUUUUUAAAAUAAUGUUUACAUAAGUUCAUCAUUCAUAGCCAAACCGUAUAUUGUUCUGCAUGUCUCAUCAUUGCAAAUAUUAGCUCUAUAAUCCACACAAAUUAUCUAACAUUCCUUCAAAAUGAAAAUAAAAAUAUUAAAAGGUUAAAAAGAGAAAAAAAAAGCUUCACUUGCAGAGGGGAAAUUAUGGCAAAAUUCUAACUGAUAUUUAAAGUAUGUGUUACCUAACAUCCUGUCACUUUUAUAGUACCAUUUCCAUGUCUGUUGCAGUAUGUUGUGCCUUGACUUUUGUUUACAACCAAUUCCUAGAUAUGCUUUUUCAGUACUGUUUGACCUACUGUGCGCCGAUAUAUUUCUUCCAUUUUUUCUGCCUAGCACCUAUGAAUAUAUAGUUAUGAUUAAUGAGAGACGAAAAAUCUAAUUCAGAAAAAGGUUAGUGUUUUUGGUAAAUAUUAAAAUGCUUUAAAAGUCCUUUAUGAUUUAAUUUAAAUAAAAGUAGAGAUCACAUGAAUCUUGCACAUUGUUUUUCCUCUCCUCUUUGUCACUUUCAUGUUUUCAGUGAAACAGUAUUUGGUGUUUGUCUUGCUGAAGAGAGCUCACAGCUUCUGAUCUGUUAGUCCACAGUGUGAUAGGUUAGAAUAUACUGUAAAUAAGAGGACAUCAGCCUAAAUGGAUUUUGAACGAUCAUUAUUGUCAAAUGAUUAAAACAAUGUUUCAUCAAAGCUUAAGGCCGUUAGAAUAACUAUAACAGCAUUGCAUCAUAAAAUGUGAGUGUUUCAUUCA